CUAUUAAUAACAGUACAGUACAUAAGACCUUGGUCAGCACAAAUGUUAUGGAACUACUAUCAAGAAUAAUAAAUAUCACAUAUUAUAUCCCUGAAUAAUAAUAAUAAUAAUAAAUCAUAUCAACAACACAUCAUUAAUUAUACACAUAUCGACCAAAUAGGGUGACCAACACAACAAACACAAUGCUGUAUUACUGCGGGUUCGAUAGUUUCCUGAAAUUCCGGCACAAGUCGGGCAUAAACAACAUAUUCCUGCGACCGCUGAGCGACCUUAUAUUCGACAACUCGGAUCACGUGAUCAGCGCAUACGUUGGCUGGUGUUCGCUGUUUUUGCAGACCGGGUCGGGUCAGGUGGUCUACUUGGGCUACUCUAACCCUAAGGCACAUAUCAAGAAACAAUUGGACACUAAGUCAAAUGAAACGUUAAAUAACACAAACAAUAAUCACGUGACCGAUAAAAAGCAUAAGGACUCCAAUGAGCUGAUUGUGUGCGAGAAAGCGCCCAAAUAUAUUGUUAACAUCGAGUGCGGCUCCAAAGAGACCAUGGUGCUCACGCUGGAUCAUCAGCUAUUUAAAUGGACUGGCUUCAACUUUGUGGACACAGAGCCCACACUUAUCGGACAACUGGAGCCCGAGGGCGAGCCCUCCACCCCCACCACCACCGGCACCAGCGGUGAACAACCGACACAACCGCUGCCACCCAUCGAACAGAUCAGCGUCGGUGUCGAGUACUCUUGCGUACUGACCGACUCGGGCGACGCCAUACUAUUCGACAUAAGCACCGGGCGGUUGGGCGCGCGACUCACCGACAAACGCUGUGUGGCCGUCAGCUGCGGUCAGGAGCACGUGCUGGCCCUCACGGACACCGGGCGAGUGUUGUCGUACGGGCGCGGGUCGAGGGGUCAGUUAGGCCACGGAGACGUCGAGGACGUUGUCGGCGGUGGUGGUGAUGGUAGGGAACCAGUGGGCGCCCGACUGGUGGACGCUCUGGACGGCGUGAAGAUUAAAGCGGUGGCCGCUGGCGGCUGGCAUUCGAUGGCGCUGUCGACUACGGGUGAUGUGUAUGUGUGGGGUUGGAACGAGUCCGGGCAGUUGGGUUACCCCCGCGAGACCAUAGCCAUGAAGGCGCUGCCCCUACCACUAGAGAUCUCUGAUGACGAUUGUUUCGCGUCGAUUAGCGCCGGUAGCCGUCACUCGAUGGCUGUGUCCGAGAAUGGCAUACUGUUUGGCUGGGGCUGGAACAAGUGGGGACAGUUAGGUCUUGAUCCGAAACUAUACGUUGUUUGUGAUACACCGCAAGUCAUACCAGUCGAUGAAAAGGUGAAAACUAUUUGCUGUAAAUUCUGGUCAAGCCUUAUAGAGACUGAACGGGAGCCGACACCCGAUGAUUGAGUGCUGGUUAACAACAAUUAACAGGCGUUUUGUUGGCGUGUAUGACAAUCGCCCGGUGCUCUUAUAUACGUGUGUCGACUGUACUGUAUAUAAAGUAUACACAAUUGUGCGGCUAUUUUAACGGACAGUUUUUCAAUGUAUAAUCGCAACAAUUUAUUCAAUUAAAUAAUGCAAACUAUGUUUUGAUUUGAUUUUUAAUUCAGUUUUUAAUGUAUAAUAUGUUUUUGAUUUGUAUUGAGAGAGAGAGAGAGAGAGAGAGAGAGA